GAUAAAUAUCGCUCGGUUAUCCCUUCACCAUGUUUCGCUUUCAUAAAACCUUAGACAUCAUCACGCUCUUCCACAAGCCCACCCUCGCAUCAUCCACCAAAGCGCUAUCUGUCCUGCAGAGGGCCUCAACAGCCAUCAAAGAAGGAACAGCAACAUCUCCUUCCGGCUCUCUACUACGAAAUUCCGACUUCGAACUAAACGUUACGGAAGAGCCGCCAACCACAGACCAACUCAAGCUUAUUAUGGAUUACAUGACGUCCUCUCCUCUUGCAAGUGGGGGUAUCGGGGUGGGAAAGCCAGGUGAUUUGGUAUCUGGGGCUACGGACCGAUCUGAUGCUGUUAAGCGGCUGAAGGAGAAUGGUGACAGUUUUAUAAGGCCGGUGGUUGUGGACUGGAAUAAUGGGAAAGCAGUGCUUGCUACAAGUGAGUCGGCGAUAUUGAAGUUGCUCUCGGAAGAGACCUGAAGACGCUAGUGAUCAUGAAGACUUCUUCCCCACUCUUACGGUUUUAUAUUUUAAAACAUGUAUGAAACGAGUACGUUAGUCGUUGGAGAAACAUCGCUGUAUUAUUGUAUAUU